AUGCAGAUUAACAAUGAUCACCCAGCAGCAGCUGUCCAGCUCCAACAGUCCCACCAACUUUAUAACCAUGUCCAGCAAAGAGUGACAUUCAAGGCCUCAGACUCCAGCCAUGUCCAACACCAGUCAGUGAAGCCAGCAUGUGAGAGUGAGGAUGAAGAUGUAUACCAGUCAGAGCUCAGUAAGGGCAGUAAAGAUGAAGAUGAAGAGAGUAUCAGUAAUUUGGGUGAACAUUCAGCAGGUGGUACACCAGUUGCUGAUGCCCAGACUUCUGAUUCAGAAUAUAAAUGUUCACAGGAAGAAUUCUGGCACAAGCAGUUUUAUCUGCUGUUAUUUCUGCAUAAUCUGGAGUCCAUAAUGCUAGAGUCACACUGGUGCUCCCCACUUCACCACCAGGGUCUGCUUUACUGCCAGUUCUACAACAUCAUUAAGGAGGUCUUUGCAGCUGGCCAGCAUUUCCCAUUUGCAAAUGAGAACCUGGACAUGUUGGCUCUGGAUUCUGGGCUGGUACAGACCUGGCAGCAUAUUAAAAAGGCCAUCAGCCAUUCCUCUCUGGCCUUGCUGCACAUAUACAUCCACAUCAAGCAACAGUGCCAUGUUGCCAUUUCUGACUGCCACCAGCAGUCCUACAGAACUUGA